AUGUAUAAUGAAGAAAACUCCUCAAAUACUAAUAAUAGUCAAUCUAUGGAAUGGGAUGUAAGCUUUACUCAUGAUCAAGUUAAUAUAAGUUUGUUCAACGCUUAUAAUAACCCAUCUAUAGAAUGGUCCGCUGGAUUUACUCAAAGUUAUGAGGAUAAUAAUAAUCUAUCUACUGAAUUAUCUAUAGACUUUACCCAAGAUCAAACUAAUAUAAGUUUACCAAACUUAUAUAAUAAUCCAUUCAUGGAAUGGUUUACAAAAUUUAAUCAAGACCAAACUAAUAAUAAUAAUCUAACUACAGAAUUAUCUAUGGAUUUUACCCAAUAUCAAACUAAUAUAAGUUUGCCAAACACUUAUAAUAAUCCAUCAAUAGAACGGUCCACAAGCUUUAGUCAAAAUCAACCUAAUAAUAAUCUUACAGAAUGGACUACAGAUACUAUUGAUUUUACUAAUAAUUCACCAUUUAUGGAAUGGGGUGCAGGCUUUACGCCAUAUCAAAUUAAUACAAAUUUGCUAAAUAUUUUCAACAAUUCGAUUAUAGAAUUACCCGUAGACAUUGCUCAAAAUAAUGAGGAUCAAACUAAUUACAAUCUAUCUAUAGAACAGACCGAAUGCUUUACUCAAGAUCAAACUAAUACAAAUUCGCUAAAUAUUCAUAAUUCAGAAGUUAUUCAAUGUCAUGAAAAUAAUACUUUACAACAAUAUAAUACAAAAUCAGUAAAAGAAAAUAAGCGUCUAGUUUCACUUGUCUCUAGGCAUAAAAAAAAUCGUCAAAAAAAUCCAAGAUGCAAGAAAUGUAAUCACCGAAAACCUCACUAUGAUGAAAAUUCUAAUCAAUGCAAAGAUUGUUAUCGGGCCUCAUUACGGGUCUUGAGUGGUAAUAAAUUAAUUGACGAUUUUAUUGGAUCAACGCAAAGUUUUUAUGGCUGUGCAAAUUACAAUAAAUUAGAAUUUAUUCCGUAUAACCAAUUUAUUAAUAUUGAAUAUCUUGCUAAAGGAGGCUUUAGUGUAAUACAUAAAGCAACAUGGUGUGAUGGACCUAUUGCUCGUUGGAAUCCUAAAAAACAAAAAUAUGGCCGAAAAAGAAAUUUUGAUGUUGCUCUUAAAGUUCUUAAUAAUUCUAAUAAAAUGGAUUCUGAUUAUUUAAAUGAGUUGAAAAACUUUUUUCAUUGUAUAAAAAACAAAGCUAAACGUGAUGUCAAAAAUGUCCAGCAAUAUAUUGGCAUUACGCAAGAUCCUGAAACAAAAAAUGGCUACAGGCCAUUUUCUGAUCGUAAACAUGACGAACAUCUUAUUCUAGAUAUUCUUAAUGGUCUUCGCCCAAAAAUUCCAAUUGACAUUCCACAUGAAUUAGUUGAAAUAAUGGAAAGUUGCUGGCAUCCAGAUCCGGACGAAAGAAUUCAAUUCAAUAUUUUUUAUGGAAUCCAUGAUCUUAAUAAAAUUAUUAAUAAAGCAGCACUCGGAGAAAUAAAAUUUCCGGAAAAUAAGAGAGCAAUUAUUUUACCAACUAAAAUGAACGAACAAGGAAUUUAUUCCAGCCGACCAUUAACACCGUUAAUUAGUAAAGCAUUGACUUUACAUAGUAUGAAACUAAAUAGCAACGCAAUUACUGACAUUCCAACGGCAAUAAUGCAACAACUAACAAAUGAUGAUUCUAAAGCGAUUGAAUUUGAUAUAAACAAACCAUAA